GGGGCGGCGGGGGGGGGGGGAUAGUAAAUUACGUACAACGAUCGCCUUAACUUAAAGCUAUAAUAGCAAACGCAGUUCAUGUGAAUUACGCAUGUGUUAACUUCCCCUAUUGUUGCCGAUAUUAACAUGGACGCGAGUAGUGUGAGAGUUUGCUUAAGAUUUGCUGGAAGUUUUGUCGUAAAACAAAAGAUUUAUUUCUUCGUAUUCAUAUAAAAAGGUUCAUAUCAAAACUUAACUACAGUUAAAAACGAAAAAAAGAAAGAAAAAAGGAGAGAGAGUUCGAGUUUUGCUGUUCUCUCCCUGCAUCGCUUGAAUGCGUGUAUGAUAGAGAUAGAAGAAUACUAUAUAGUACGAGCAGUUUCACUGACACUAAACAGUCGUCGCACCAGACCAACGACUGUCCAAGUACCGACAAUAUAACAAGACAAUAUAACAAGACAAUAUAACAAGACAAUAUGCAGCUGAACACUCUGCUAUACGCCGCUUUGCUCCCAUCGGUUGUAUUUGGGUGCAAACCGUGGAGGUACAUCCAGAGCGAAGGGUGUUGCUUCAAAAAUGUUGCCGUUUGUACCCGUUGGAUGGGUACAUAUGCAGGCUGCAAUAGCAAUACCCCUCCUCCACUUUGCAGUGACAAAGUGUUGGCCAAGUGUGCAGCAGACUGUUGUCGCACGGACGGCAAGCCGAACCAAAAUGGUGGAAUCUACGGCGACAAAUGCGGUUAG